UCCUCCGGCGGCUCCGGAAUCUACAACCGGGGAAGCUUCGGGCUCAGCGGAGCAAGGGACAGGGGACUCGGAGGCCGGGGGGGAUGCAUCCCUGGCCGAUGUCACCGCCACCAUGGAGACGGAAUCCUCCAGUGGAAAGGAUGCACUGGAGGGUGUUGGCGACAGUUCUGAAGCUAUGGAUAAUCAGACCGGCUCAGUAGAUGAAGAGAACGGACGACAGCUGGGAGAAAUUGAGCUGCAGUGUGGAAUUUGCACCAAAUGGUUUACGGCAGAAACAUUUGGCAUUGAUACCACAGCCUGUCUGCCUUUUAUGACCAACUACAGUUUCCAUUGCAAUAUUUGUCAUCACAGUGGGAAUACGUACUUCUUAAGAAAACAAGCAAAUCUGAAGGAAAUGUGUCUUAGUGCGCUGGCAAACUUAACUUGGCAAUCGAGGACCCAAGAUGAACACCCGAAAACAAUGUUUUCAAAAGAUAAGGAUAUUAUACCAUUCAUUGAUAAGUAUUGGGAGUGUAUGACGACACGACAAAGACCAGGGAAGAUGACUUGGCCGAAUAAUAUUGUAAAAACAAUGUGUAAAGAAAGGGACGUGUUCUUGGUGAAAGAGCAUCCAGACCCAGGAAGCAAAGAUCCAGAGGAAGAUUACCCCAAAUUUGGACUCUUAGACCAGGAUCUUGCUAAUAUUGGUCCUGCGUAUGAUAACCAGAAACAGAGCAGUGCUGUAUCUACCACCGGAAGUCUGAAUGGUGGAGCCUCUUUGGGAGGGGGUAUUGUGGCAGGAACUAGUGGGAAAGGAAGAGGAGCCAAACGCAAGCAGCAAGAUGGAGGGACUACAGGUGCCACCAAGAAAACCAGGAGUGAUCCUAUGUUCUCCGCCCAGCGUCUUCCGCCUCACGGGUACCCAUUGGAACACCCCUUUAAUAAAGAUGGAUACCGUUACAUUUUGGCUGAGCCUGACCCACAUGCCCCUGACCCAGAGAAGCUAGAGCUAGACUGCUGGGCAGGCAAGCCUAUUCCUGGAGAUCUCUACAGAGCCUGCCUAUACGAACGUGUCCUCCUAGCUCUGCAUGACCGAGCUCCCCAGUUGAAGAUCUCAGAUGACAGAUUGACAGUCAUAGGAGAAAAAGGCUACUCCAUGGUACGAGCCUCACAUGGGGUGCGGAAAGGAGCCUGGUACUUUGAGAUCUCUGUGGAUGAGAUGCCUCCUGAAACGGCUGCCAGACUUGGUUGGUCUCAGCCGCUAGGAAACCUUCAGGCUCCCCUUGGCUAUGACAAGUUUAGUUACUCCUGGCGCAGCAAGAAAGGCACCAAGUUCCACCAGUCAAUUGGUAAACAUUAUUCCUCAAGCUAUGGCCAGGGAGACGUGCUUGGUUUUUAUAUCAGCCUUCCAGAUGAAACCGAAACUGCCAAAUCGUUACCAGAUACUUACAAAGAUAAGGCUUUGAUCAAGUUCAAAAGCUACUUGUACUUCGAAGAGAAGGACUUUGUGGAUAAAGCCGAGAAGAGUUUAAAACAAGCUCACGGAAGCCAAAUAAUCUUCUAUAAAAAUGGUGCCAGCCAAGGAGUUGCAUACAAAGAUAUUUUUGAAGGUGUUUAUUUCCCUGCCGUCUCUCUGUAUAAAGGCUGCACGGUUUCUGUAAACUUUGGACCCUACUUCAAAUACCCACCAAGAGAUAUCAGUUACCGCCCGAUCAGCGACAUGGGCUGGGUCGCUGUGGUAGAACACACACUGGCAGAUGUCCUCUACCAUGUAGAAACAGAAGUUGAUGGGAGGCGCAGUCCACCUUGGGAACCUUGAAAGACAUUGUAUAUAUUGCGUUUUUGUGUUUUUGUUUUGUUUUUACAAAAAAA